AUGGACUACUUCGUCCCCCUUCCCGGCACCCAGUUACCCUCCUUCAGCUCCUCCACCCUCCUCCUCCCACAACCCUCUCUCUCCUCCCUCGCGCAGCUCGCAUGCGACUUGCUCGUGCAUACGUAUGGGCUGGAAUUGGUCGGGUAUCUGGGGCUGAGGGAUCAUGUGCCUGCGGUUGGAGGGAGGGACGGGUUGAGAGGCGAGGAGGAGAAGGAGGGAGUUGCGUUGGGCGUGGAAGUCUACACCACUCCCUCCCGCUCACUCACGGUCGUUCUUCCCCGUUCGCCCGUCAUUCGCGCCCGAAGACCGCAUUACCUCGACUCGAUUAAGCAGUGGAUCACAAAGUGCGGGUUCAAGGAGGUGCUCGUCGUUGCGGGGACGGAUGCGGGAAUGAGAGGCGAUUCGGGGCUGAAUGCGAUCACCCCGUUGCGACACAUCCUCCCGCCCUCCGGCUCGUCUUCGCCUCUCUCGACCGCUCUGCGCUCCAUCUCGCCUUCCUACCUCGACUCCUCCCCCUCAGGUAUCACUUCCUCCCUCGAGUCCUCCCUCAACUCCUCUCGGAUCCCUCCAAUCCCUCACGGCGGUCUCACACGCUCUCUCCUCCUCGCCCUGCGCGAGUCACCUUCCCUGCCGCCAACCAACGCCCUCCUCAUCUACACCUCCGAAGGCGACGCCUCUUCAGCCGCGCACCUCCUCGCCGAUGCGCUCGCGUACGUUCUGGCACCUCAAUUCGCGGAGCUGGAGAGUAGGGUUGAUCGUGUGCCGGUUCAGGUGGGCGAGGAGGGGCAAAGGGAUGACAAGGGAAGGGUCAGGUGGAAGGAGCCGAGGAGCUGGGAGGGUGGGUUGCUUGGGCCGGCCUUGACGAGGGAGGCGAGGGGCGAGAUGUUUGGGUAG